AUGGCAUCUUUUUCAACAUUCAAAAACAGUACAUCUCAAUUCUUCGAGCGAGUAACCGAUACAACCAAAAAAGUUAAAGAAACAAUAGAAAUUGGUACAGAUUAUGCUGGAAAUAAAUGGAAUGAAAGCUCUACAAUUACAAAAACAUGCAUUAUUGGCAUAUCAACUGCUGCGAUAGCGCCAUUGGCCAUAAUACCUGUUUUAGGUGCGGCUGGAUUUACAUCAGCUGGUGUGGCAGCCGGUAGUUUAGCAGCAUCUUUUCAAACAGCAACAACAGUAUCUGGAAGUAUUUUUGCGCUAUGCCAAUCUGCUGGAGCAGUUGGUGCUGUAGCUACAUCAACAUCCGUUGGUGUAGGACUUACAGCCGGUGCUACUGUAGGUGGUGUAACAGCAGCAGUUUUCAGAAAACAUGAUUCUAAUAAUAAGAAUGACAAGAGCAAACAAACUGAAGAUGAUAACGAAAAAGUUAUUGAAAAUAAUAUUAAUGUAGUUACAGCAACAUCUGUUGAUGUAGGACUUGAAGCCGGUCUUACUGCAGGUGGUGUAAUAACAGCAGUUUGCAACGAAAAGGAUUCUAAUAACAAGAACGACAAAAAAACACAAACUGAAGAUAAUAUUAAUGAAUUUUUCUUUCAAUUUCCUGUACUUUCGCGUCAUUUAUUUAUCUUUGGAUGUUUCAAACUUAUUAUAUUCAUGAUUUUUUCUUGUUCGAUCUUUAUUUUUUUCUGUAGUAGAGUCAUUUAA